AAAUAUAGAUUUAACUCCACUGCUGGAGCAUGUUUUUUGUAAUUGGGGAGCUAAAAUAUACCAACAUACCUAUAUAGCACCACUGCUGUGAGUGCAAGGUGUUACAAUCACGAAUGUAUAUGCUGCAACUACAAGUCAGAAAGUAGAAACAGGAGGGAAAAAAUAAAAAAGUAAAACAAAAAAUUCUCUUGAGAGUUUGGACUCAACUCAAUUAUAGCAUCUGCAAUUCGUUGAGUGCAGAGACUCUCAGAUUUCACAAUCCAAUCUCUUUUCUCUUCGAUCAAUCCUUUGCAAAGCCGAAAAAAUGGUCCUGACUACGUUCGUGUCGUUGGCAUCGGCACUCUCGGGACUAAUAAAAGUUGUGGAUAGUGGCCCGUUCAAAGAAUUCUCUGCAGGUGAUAAGGAUCUCAUUGACAAGCUAAAGAUAGAGCUGCUGACUGCUGACGCAGUUCUCAGUGAUGCAGAGGAGAAGCAGAUCACGAAUCCAAAGGUGAAAGAGUGGCUCAACGAGCUCAAGCAUGCUGCCUACGAUGCUGACGAUCUGCUGGACAAAGCCACCACUGCCUAUUUGAAACUCAAGAUGAAAAUUGAAGCUAAUUAUAUCAAGGGCAAAGCUAAGGCUACGUCAGAAGAGUUCAAGAAGCGAAUCUCUGUUUUAGUUCCAUUUUAUGCUGGUGUAAUAGACGGACUCAGAAAGAUACUUGAAAGACUACAAAAUUUAGCAACGCGGAGAGAUCUUCUCCAUCUCAAGGGAAGUGAAAGGGUGAAACCACCACCCAGGCGCCAGACUACUUCUUUGCUAGACGAAUCUCAAGUGUUUGGUAGAGACAAAGAUAAAGAGGAACUAAUGGCGAGUUUGCUUGGUGAUACUGCACAGGAAAGCGGAAUCCCUGUCAUUGCAAUAGUCGGGAUUCCCGGAGUUGGGAAAACUACGCUGGCUCAGCUUUUGUAUAAUGACUCCAGGGUCGAGAAACAUUUUAGUGGAGGCAAGGCUUGGGUUCAUGUUUCAGAAGAACUUGAUGUUUUUAAAGUAACAAGAACAAUUUUUGAGUCGGUCGAUUCAAAGAACUGUCAUGUCACAGACCUGAAUGUUCUUCAAGUCAGUCUAAAGACGACAUUGAGCGGAAAAAGAUUUCUGCUUGUCUUAGAUGACAUUUGGAACGAGAAUUUCUUUGAUUGGGAUUUAUUGUCAGCUCCCUUAAAAGCUGGAGCAUGCGGGAGUAGAAUUAUUGUGACUACUCGUAAUCAAGGCGUUGCAUCAAUCAUGCGGGCUAUUACUACUCAUCAUCUACCACAAUUGUCAGAUGAAUGCUGCCAGAAGUUAUUUGAAAAAUAUGCAUUCGGGACUAGCAAUCCUGAUGAUCAUCCAGAUUUAAAAAGUAUUGGUCAUGAUAUUGCAAAGAAGUGCCAAGGCUUACCUCUAGCUGCAAAAACACUCGGGGCCCUCUUGUACUCGAAAUUAGAAGCUAAGCAAUGGUGUAGAAUACUAAAUAGCAAGAUAUGGGAUCUGCCUAAUGAUAAGAAUAGCAUACUUCCGGCAUUAAGAUUGAGCUAUAAUCAUCUUCAUCCACAUCUCAAACAGUGCUUUGCUUAUUGUUCGAUAUUUUCAAAGGGCCAUAAGUUUGAAAAACAGAAAUUGAUUCUCAUGUGGAUGGCGGAAGGUUUCUUGCAGCAGCCAAAUGGUGAGGAGACAAUUGAAGAAAUCGGAGAAAAGUACUUUCUUGAACUAUUGUCAAGAUCAUUUUUUCAAGCAUCAACUCACAAAAAACCAUACUAUUUAAUGCAUGACCUUGUCAUUGAUUUAGCUCAAUUUGUAUCUGGAGAAUUUUGUUUCAAGCUUCAGGACCACAAGCGAAUUCCAGAAAAGGCUCGGCAUUUAGCAUGGUUGAUGAAUGGGCUUGAUGUCGACAAGAAGUUCGAGGCCCUUCUUGAUGCAAAGUCCAUGAGAACCUUAAUCUUACUAGUCUCUUCAAACACAGAGAAACCGCCUGCCUUGCAUACAAUAAUUAGUGAAAAAAACUUGUCAACACAGUUACGUGUGCUUUCUUUACCUGAUAAAGGGAUCAUUACGCUGCCUGAAGUGGCCAACUUGCAACAUCUACGUUACUUGGACUUGUCUAACACGUCCAUCACCAAGUUACCAUCCACAACGUGUUCUUUGUAUAAUAUGCAAACGCUAUUGUUGUCAAAUUGUUCUCGUCUCAGUGAGCUGCCAGAAGAAAUUGAAAAACUUACUAAUUUACGCCAUCUGGAUGUGAGAAGAAGUACGCAAAUAACAAAGUUGCCACCUAAUUUUGGAAAAUUAAAGAAUCUCCAAAUGUUGACUAAUUUUUUGGUGGGCGAACCCAAGAGUCAAUCAUCAAAGAUCAGUGAAUUGGGCGGGCUUUCAUGUCUUCGUGGUGAGCUUUCCAUCUCAAGGUUGGAGAAUGUAGAAAAUGAAGAACAAGCUUCAAAGGCAGACUUGAAAAGUAAGAAUUAUCUUUGUAAGUUAGAAUUCAGUUGGAAUACUACUAAUUCUAAUUAUGGUCGUGCACUGAAGGUUCUCGAAAAUCUGGAGCCUCAUACAAAUUUGGAGAAGCUUACCAUUGAAAAUUACAGUGGUAUUAAAUUUCCCAAUUGGUUAAGUAAGGUCAAUUUCCCUAACAUGGUGAUCUUAAAGCUAACCAAUUGCAGCUUUUGUGGGUCCUUGCCAUCGCUGGGGAACUUAUCUUCUCUUCAAGAGCUCUAUAUCAGGGAGAUGAACGGAUUAAAAUCGGUGAAUUUUGGAUCUCAUGGGGAUGAUGGCUCUGGAAAUUUACCAUUCAGAUCUCUAAAAAUUUUGUCCUUUAUAGGGUUGAAAAGGUGGACGACGUUGACUUGCCAUUCACAAUUCCCUUCCCUCCAAAAGCUUACGAUAGAAAAAUGUGAUGAAUUGACCGGCGGCUUACCCGACCGCACCUAUCUACCGUGUCUCCAAGACUUGAAAUUAUCUAAUUGUCCGAACUUUCUAGAUUUUCAGGAGAGGGGGAUGCUGACAGACAGUAUCAGCACAAAUUCAUAUCUCAAAACCUUGGGUGAACAGAUUUGCUGCCUCACCUCACUAGAAGAUCUUCAGAUCACAUCACUUAGUAUCAGCUUACUUUCGAAUCUCCAAAUUUUGGGCAAAGGGCUUUCUGGUCUCACCUCACUCAAAGAGCUUCAUAUUCGCAACUGCAAGAUGCUGGCAAAACUCCCCAACCUACAAUCUUUAGUUAUCACUGAUUGCAAAGAAUUGGAGGAAUGGGGUUUGUAUAGAAUGGAGUUGCCAACUUGUUCGGAGACCACAAAUGGAUGUGGCGGGGAACAGGAGUCUUCAAAAGAGAGCUGGCUGCCUGACACUCUCAUUUCUCUUUGUAUCAAUGUCAGGCCUAGAAAGCAACGUGGUUCACAUGAAAUGGAGUCACUGAUUGAUUUUGAGAUUACAGGAAAAUGUAAUGAGGAGCGGUCUUUUCCUGAAGAGGGGCUUCCUCUUCGUAUCAGCAGCCUUCCAGAUCUCGAAAAAUUAGUCAAAGAGUUUCAGCAUCUCACCUCGCUCAAAAGGCUGGAGAUCAAGUGCAGUAUGUCGAUUCAAGCAGAGGGAUUACCCACCUCCCUUUCUUUUUAUAAUCAAAACUUCUCUAGCCUCGCGUCUCAACAAGGACAAAGGGAAAGAUUGGCACAGGUUUUAAAUAUUGACUAGAGUGCUAGUCAGCUGGGACAAACGCUGGUGGAUCUAUGUGGGCUGGAUUUCUUCGAACUAGUUUGGUUGAUUUUGGGGCGAAUUAUGUUUGACCAUAUGGUGGAAGGAGCUUCGGAUCUAAGAUGAUUUGCUGCCUGUUGUAGGAUUCAUCCUUCUAAAGAUUGGAUUCAGUCCCAGAUUCCUGAAAUUGUCCAAAAUGGUGGCAAAGGCCUUAGGGAUGAUUCCGGUGAUAGUGAUGCAGAAGCAUGUAUUUCUCUUGGUUUGCAGGUGUUAAUUCAGGUUGAGAAGUAGGAAGCAUCUCAGAAUUAGAUUAGUGUUGUAGUUUUUAUUUUGGUUUUUUUUUUUUAAUCAGUCAUUUCGAAAACUUAGAACCAUUUGAAUACUUGGGAGACAUAUCGUCCUUUGGUAUAUAUGUUUUGUGUUGAUAUGUGAAAAGAGAUUGUAGUUCGGUAUUCGACAUGUGGUACCUAUGUUUUGCGUGGAUAUAUGAGAAUGAAAUUCAAUUUGAAAUUGCA